GAUAACCAGAUCUAUACUCGCAUUCAAAUACACUCAACCAACCUACAUAUCCCCAAACUCUCCCAUUCCCUUCCCUCCUUUCAUCAACCACUAACCAAUAACUUUCUUCUCCUCCUCCCGUCUUGUCCUAGUAUAACUCCUCCCUCUCUUCAUUCUUGUAUUUCCAGCAACCAGUCAUUUGAUUUUUGUCUUCAUUUUCUAUCUCAACCACCACAUCAUCAACAGAAAGAAGAAAACUACUAGAAGAUGAGAGCAGGAGGUUGCAUGGUGCAACAAGCCCUGACUCCAGAGGCAGCAACAAUAGUAAAGCAGGCGGUGAACUUGGCUCGGCAAAGAGGCCAUGCCCAAGUGACACCCCUCCAUGUUGCCACCACCAUGCUCUCCUCGCCCACCGGACUCCUCCGUUCUGCCUGCCUUCAGUCCCACUCUCACCCCCUCCAGUGCAAGGCCCUUGAGUUGUGCUUCAAUGUUUCCCUCAACCGCCUUCCGACCUCCCCUACCUCAGGCCCUCUCCUAGGGCCCUACCAAGCCCACCACCAUCUGCCAUCCUUCUCCAAUGCCCUCCUCGCCGCCUUCAAGAGGGCCCAAGCACACCAGCGCCGUGGAUCCAUGGAGAACCAGCAGCAGCCAUUGCUUGCAGCGAAGAUAGAGCUAGAGCAGCUCAUCAUCUCCAUUUUAGAUGAUCCUAGUGUGAGUAGAGUCAUGAGGGAGGCUGGCUUCUUGAGUACCCAUGUGAAGAACAACGUAGAAAAAACUCUUUCAGUGGAGAUCUGUGCUCCCAACCCUAACCCUAACCUUAGCCCUCCCAAGGAAGGCAGCAGUUUACUGACUCCAACCCAAGUGAUUAAAACCAAGCCUUUGGAUCAAGAAGAAAGCGAGGAUGUCAUGAGUGUCAUGGAGACUUUGAUGCGUGGGAAGAAUGUCGUGGUAGUAGGAGAGUUUUUAGCCACCUCUGAGAGUGUUGUUAUCGGGCUGAUGGACAGAAUUGAGAAGGAAGAGUUUCCUAAUGACGCUUUGAGGAGCAUAAAGAUCCUAACUCUUCCACUCUAUUCAUUUAGCCACAUGUCAAGAGAGGAGGUGGAACAAAAAAUUGGGGAGCUGAGGUGCCUUUUGAAGGGUUCUUGUGGGGGAAAAAGGACUGUUUUAUACUUGGGAGAUCUAAAGUGGGCAGCUAAUUAUGGGUCUAGUCGCGCGGAGAAAGUAAGAGGUUUAUACUGCCCCUUAGACCAUAUAAUCAUGGAGCUCGGGAGUUUGGUGUGUGAUGGGAUUGAAGGACAGAGUGGGAUUUUGAAGUUUGGGCUCAUGGGGAUUGCAACGGCUCAGACUUACAUGGAGUGUAGGGUUGGCCAAGCUUCACUACAAGAUAUUUGGGAUCUUCAGCCUAUCACCGUUGCUGCAAGAAGCUUGGAGUUAAGCCUCAAUUAUGGCGGCGGUCCCCAAAGUCAGUGCGAGAACAAGAGAAGUGGCAUCGAGACUUGUUGGUGUUUGCCAGAAGGGAUUAGAAGCCAGCUAGCUUGCUGUGCUGAUUGUUCUAUUAAGUUUGAGAUUGAGGCCCGAGACCUCCAAAGCAUUGUCAGUGAUACCGAUGGCUUAAUUCCCUCAGGAUUGCCAUCGUGGCUACGGCAAUAUAAAGAGGAAAAUAAAAGAGCAACAAGUAAUGAUCAGGAUUAUCUCCAGCUUAAAGAUUUAUGCAAGAAGUGGAACUCCAUAUGCAAUGCAGCCCAAAAAUGCCAACACCACCAAUCCGAGAAAACCCUAAAAUUCUCUUCUGCCUCUCCAAAUUUUUCCAUCUCUCCUUAUGAUCAGCCACACUCUAGCAUGCACCAAAUCCCCCAUGCUUGGCCAAUCACAAUCAACAUAGAUAACUCAUGGAGGGAACACCAUUUCUGUAUGUCAAACAAAGACUCACAAGAGCAGGAAGGGCAGAGAUUAUCCCAUGAUAUUGGAUCCAACUCUAAUAUGGCUUCUUCUAGUGAUUCCAUGGAAAUAGAGUACCAUUGUAAAUUUAAGGAGCUCAAUGCAGAGAAUCUGAAGAACCUUUGCAGUGCAUUGGAGGAAAAAGUCCCAUGGCAGAAGGACAUCAUCCCUGAGAUUGCAAGCACCAUCCUCCAAUGCAGAUCAGGAAUGAUAAGAAGGAAAGAGAAGACGAGGUUGAGCAGGAUCAAGGAAGAGACGUGGUUGUUCUUUGAAGGUGGUGAUGUUGAGGGCAAAGAUAAGAUUGCCAGAGAGCUAGCCAGCCUCGUUUAUGGCUCUUACAACAACUUUCUUUCAAUUGGAGUCAGCACCUUCUCAUCACCAAGGUCUGAUUCCACUGACGAUCUCCGAAAUAAGAGGUCAAGGUCGGAAGCAACCGAUAACUAUCUCAAGACGUUCAUUGAAGCAAUCCAUGAUAAUCCACAUCGUGUCAUCAUAAUGGAAGACAUUGACGAAGUAGAUUACCACUCGCAACUGGGUAUUGGGACCGCCAUUGAGAGAGGAAGAGUACAAAACUGCAAGGGUGAGGAGAUUAGUAUUAGUGAUGCAAUUAUCAUCUUUAGUUGUGAAAGCAUUAAUUCGCAAGCAAGAUCUUGCUCACCUGCAACUAAGCAAAAACUGAAUGGCCUUGAAGAGGAGGAAGAAGCGGACGACAAAUAUACCAGUGCAAAUGUUUCUUUAGAUUUAAAUCUUUGUUCCGUUGACAAUCAUGAGGAUCGGUCCUUUGAUGGUCUGGGGCUUGUUGAAUCAGUGGACAGAAUGUUCUUUUUCAAAUUGCCGGAGGAACUGUAAUUCAAGAGCAGUCUUUGUUAAGAAUCUUUGGUUGCUUGUCCUCCCUGUUGAAUCCUGGUGACCUUUUUCUGAAUUUUGAAAUGAGGAAAGAACUGUAGCUUAACAUAAUGGGAUACUGUAGUUACUUGGAACAAAUGUAUAUUAAGUAGUUUUUUCCCCAUCUUUUUCGAGAAGUGAACUAAUGGGUUGGUAUUGCUCUUCUUAAAAAAUAUUGACAUCCAGUGGUUAUUGUUUCUGUUGUCUUUCAACUUUAGAAGGGUGACUUGUAAUUAUU